AUGACGGGCGACGCGUCGUUGCGAUUGCUCAGCGAGGCUGAGUUUGAAUUCAAGGCCCCAAACGGAUUCCCAGUCAGCUGUCCCACGCUCGAUUUAUCGACAACUUGGGACGACGGCGAGAAGAAUCUCUUCAUCUACCGCCCGCCGAACCAGGCAGUUUCCAAGAUACACCAACGUGCGCCACCCGGCACCACAGCCCCGGAUGCGCUGGCUGCGACAUGGAAGCCAGACGGCCAGUUCCUCGCUGUGGGCUGGAGCGAUGGGGCAGUCCGGAUCUUGGGCCUGGAGAACAACAAGGCGGUUUACCAGAUGCAGCUCUGCAACGAAGACGCAGCCAAGAUUACACACAUUGGCUGGGCCACCAGUAUUAUCAACAAAAAGGCGCGCGGGAAAGCGCCGAACAAAUCGGGCGAGCCGCUGCUGUCCGGGCUGGACUUCAAGAGCGGCUCCGGCGCGUUGGACCUCCCGCAGGAGUUGACCUUUCUCGAGGUAGACACGGCUCUUCCCAAGAUCAGCCCACUUCCCACCGCCAGCGCCGGAACUGGAGAUGAUGCUACGGUCUUUACACUGCGCACAGGAAUUGAGUUCCUCUUCCAGACACCGAAGCGCUCAGAAUAUGACCAAGUAAACGUCAUGGUGGUCGGGACCAGCGACGGGCAACUGCACCUUAGCAUCUGCGACUCCUUUGUCAUAGGCGUCUUUCCAACCCCCAGCCUCGGGGCCCUCGUUGCGCCCCGUCUCGUCUUCCAUGCCGCAUGCCCGACUGUGUCCACACAGGCCAUCCUCAUGGCCGACGACACGAACAAUCCUGCCGAAGUACACCUGGUACCCGUAGACCUGCCCUUCGUCUCAUCUUCUCCCAUAAACUUGUCGCUGCUGGCUUCGAAGCUCACGACAUUGCAGACUCUACUGCGCUAUUUGAAGCAGACGCAGCUGCACAUGCUCACUGAGUGGAAAAACGCGCGGGAACUGCCGAGCAGAUUUCUGCAAAGCGUCCAGGGUGAUUUGGAGGAGCUGCAGAGCGGACCCAGGACCAUUGUGGCGGCGUUGUAUCACACGGCUGUUACCGGGCAUGCCUACGAACCACUGCGUGAGUGGCUCGUCGAAAGCCUGGCCGAAAGAGGACACAAACGAUGGGACAAGGCCGUGACCGGUGGUCUGGAAGGUCUCCGCAAUCUCGUCCACGAGAACCUCCUCCCAGCUCUCGAACGGUGCGCCAUUAUCCUCAGUCGCUUGCGCGGCUUCGCGCAAUUCUAUGACACACGCGACGACAUUGGCUUUACCACGACGCAGGUCAACCGCGUGCUCGAUAUUAUCAGCUGCCUGAGUCUUGUCGGGCACAAAAUCCUCCUGCACACCAUGGACGAGCGUGAGCACUUUGCCGCCUUUUCUGGCUGGCUGCACUUCCAGAUCGAACGCCUCUCCGCAACCAGCUCCGCAACCGACGAGCUUACCGAGCGCGAGGCGACCAUGGACACUUCCCGCGUGCUGACGUAUAUCGAGCGCUACCUGACGGCCAGCCCGCUCGACGCCUUUUUUGAUGCCGUUGCCCACGAGGACUACGAGGCGGACUGGGCCCAGAUAGAAGACGGGCCGAGUCUGUUGGACAUUCUAGACAGGCAGUUGAAAAAGGCCGAGGCCGGCCAGCCGGCCAUGAAAGCCCUGCCGCAUGUUGACUUCUUGGUGAAUUACGCCACCAGGUGGACGGACCGCAUCUUCAAAGACAUUGCGGACGCGAAGAAGCACAGUGUCCGCUCCGGCGCUCCGAUGAGGCUCAAAAUUGGCGGGCCGAUCAGCAAGAUGGAUGUAAAAAUGGCAGAAUCUGCUGACGAUGCCGGCGGAACGGUGUACACGGCGCUUGCGUCCAAAGAGGCGGCCGGUAAAGUGUACAUUUUUCAGGCUCAGCUCAGCAUAGUCAAUGGCAUUAGCUCAAAUCAGAGCUUGUCAUGGCGCUGCAUCGACCUCGGCAACCUGGAGGUGAUCGACCUCUGCUUCCUCGACGCAACGACUCUCGUGAUUCUUUGUGCCGGUACAGAUCCGAACAAGCCCGUCAUCUUGACGGUCCCAGUCGAGGCAAACGCCACGCUGUACGAACCCUACGCUGAGGAUGCCUCGCCAGACUCCAUCGCUGGCAUGCCUCUGGACGCGACAGGGUGCACGCAGUAUCAUCUUCCGGAAGAAUGCGCAAUGCGCCCCGUUCGGAUGGAGGUGCACAGCGAGCAGGCUGUCCGGGGGCAGAUCCCGGCGCGCAUCUGUCUGCUUGGCAGCAACAGAACAACCUGGCGCACCUUUACUCUUGAUAAAGCUGCUACGGUAUAG